AUGGACCUGGGCCUCGGUCCAACAAGGUCGAGUGGUCGGGAGGCGAGAGGGGGGUACUUGGAAGUCGCUGACCAGCCUGUUGAACUGCAGCAGAGUGCGGAUGGAAUUCGCUGGUUUUUCACCACUCACCUACCAGAGUUAUCUACUAAUUCGGACGAGGACAGAUCCGUUUGGGCCCUACGCUUGCGUCGUCACGGCGUCGUGUUUUACUCCCAUCCCGGGCAUCAUGGCUUUCCUUGGGCCGUCGCCGAGUCGGUCGCGAACUUAGCUAUACGAAAAGCUAUUUCACGCCUGGCGUUCACGUUUCACAAAGACUUCUUGCAGUCGCAUUGCGACCGCUGGUGCGGCGUCUGGAGGCCGUCUGUGACUUCGAUCAGUGGCAGCGGGCUGCCGCAAACCAAGACCCGGCACACGUUUGGAAGCAUGACAAUGGCCUUUCCGACCAUCAGGUCUGGACGUGUUACCGUAUAG